AUGAACGUCCUUGCUGUUGCCCUCAUCAGCAUCGUCACCAUGGCAAGCGAGGCCAGGAUAAUUCCAAGAUGUGAACUAGCGAAGACUCUGAAAGAGCAUGGGCUAGAUGGGUUCAAGGGCUACACCCUGAAAGACUGGCUAUGCAUGGUAUUUUUUGAAAGUAAUUUCAACACAAGACCUCCAAUGACCAGAGGAACACGACGCCAGGGAAAUUAUGGGAUAUUCCGUUUUAGUAAUAGAUAUUGGUGCAGUGAUGGGAAGCAACGCUCAAGGAAUGUUUGCAACAUUGCCUGCCAAAAGUUCCUUGAUGAUGACAUCACUGACGACAUUGAGUGUGCAAAGAAAGUUGUCAGAGGAUCAGGGUUGAACACUUGGUCAGCAUGGACCAGGCGAUGUCGUGGAAAAAAUCUAGAUUCAUAUUUAAAGGGCUGCUCUCUCUGAGACCUCAAUUUUGUCUGGCCUU